CAAGGGAGUGGGAAACAACGGGCAUCGCGACGACCGUGGGAGUCGCGGCUAUACUUCCGAAGAAACAGCACCUUAAGGGAUACCUUGUAACAAUCACUCAGAAAUAAAGAAAAAAGUGUGCCGCAGAUAUGUCGAGGCCAAUACUUAGCAGGCCGCGUACGCGCGUUUAUGGAUGCAAUUACGACAAGGGGGAGUCCUAUUACAAGCCAAUGGUUGACCACUUGGACAGGAAGUACUGUGCUCGACCCUUAUUCUCCGAGCCAAGAUCGUCGGUAGCCGAUGAAAUCGCGGCCCGUCGAGGCGACAUCGGCUCGCGAGACCUUUCUGGUCCUCGGAACGACACUUUCGGGCGUGACCUUGACCUCGACCUCGACCCUCGUACCCGUGCCUCCCAAGUACUAGCACCCUUGAUCAGCACCGAGCACAACCCUCUUCUACUCCCUGGUGACGAGGAGGAGACCGUCUACGAUAGCCGCGGACAAAGGACUCAACGGAAAUUCGCGGAUGAUUUCGCGAAUGAGGUCGCCUCAACGACGCGUCGUUUCAAGGCUAGGGUGGCAGCGAUGGAACUUGAUCAGGAAGCGGACUCCGUACUCAAUAAGAAGAUCGAGGAAGCCGACUCGGCGUUCAAUAAAAGACGUUCAAAGAUUUUAACAUCGAUCGGCGAUGAUUUAGAAAAACAACAGCCACCCAUAUCUUUGACCAGGUGGUCCAAGUUGAUAAACGAUAAUGAGGAGGACACGUUGCUCUCUAAUGCGGCUGCCACUCGAGCUAAGCAAACGAAAGCACGUCUCGACGAUCUCGAAACCGAGAUGGAAGAGUUGGCCGAGAGACAAGCCAAGAGAGAACGCAGAGCUGCUGCUUUGAGGGCGCUCGUCAACGAGAGUAUCGCAACUUCAUCACCUCCUUCCCCUCCUAUUAUCGACGAAUAUCAACGAUCCUCUGCCGCCCUCACUAGCAGCAGCAAAAAAAUUUCCAUGCGUAACGAACGCACCGAAAAACAUGUUACCUUUUAGUUAUCUCUAUCUCGUGAUCUUUCUCUCUCUUUCUCUCUCUCUCUCUCUCUCUUUCUCUCUCUCUCUUUCUCUCUUUUUAUCUGUCUAUUCAUUGCGAUCACGAUGCUCUUGCCUCACUUUACCCGCUAUAAAAUUCACCAAUUUACCAUGAAAUUUAUUUAUUUUAUUAGUCGAUUAUCUUUAUUGCGCAUUGCUUAAAAAUCGUCUUGAAUAAAGACGUGUUAAUGAAUACUUUUCAUUUACAUCGAAUCAUCGAUAUUAUGUAUUUUUAAUUUACAGGAUACAGGUAGUAGUUUUUUCAUUUUCUUUCAUUCAUCUCUAUCGUUUAAUUAAGUAACUUUGAGUAAAAGGAUUAUUAUGAUCUAUGCGUAGACAAUCACGUAGAGUUAUCUAUAACUCUAAAUCUAUAAGAUAAAGCAAUUACUUCCUUACGUCACCAACAAAAAACUAUUGUAACCACCAUCCUCGUAUUCUCUGUUUUUUUGAAUAAUUUCACGAUAUUUUAUUGUCUCUAUGCGGAAGGGAAUGCACGUUUACGUAAAAAGAUUUAAAAAAAAGAAAAAGAAAAAACAUAAAAAAAAGACUUUUAAAUCAACUAUAUACAUAUGUACAUUACAAAAAUAUAUUACAGUAUAUAGUAAGUGUUCUUGUAAAGUUUAAAUAUUAAGAAAGAAACUACUUCUAUGUUUGCACGCUACUGUAUAUAUAUAUAUAUAUAUAUAUA